GGCUGGCUUAUUAUGACACAGCUACCUCUCCUUACUACUCACUCAUAAGAAGUAUCGCCACCAUUCCUCUUUCUCUAUCUCUCUCUACUUUCUCUCUCUAAAAACCCUUCAUUUCUCGACGAUCUCCACGAAGCACGAACCUCCCUCUCUCUCUCUCUCUCUCUCCCUUUCAUUGCUUAAUAACCACCGUCCUCAUUCCUCUGCGCCAUUUUCUUACUCUUCUCUCUUUCUCUAUCAGAUCGUAUCUCCAAAAACCCCUCUUUUACAAUUCUCCUCUGAGUUGUGAGAUAAGGAUUGGGUUGAGAAUUUAGCUUUGGGGAUUUUGGAGAAUGGCUUCGGUAUCUCAUUCUCCAGUUGCAUUUACUGGAAAACCGGCUUCGGAUCUUCUUCGGAGCUCUAGCAAUGGUGUUCGUGGUCUUCCAUUGAGAGCUCUUGGGAGAACGCGAUUAGGGACUGGGAGGAGGAGUCUUACUAUUGUUGCUGCCAAGCUUAGAAAGACCAAGAAGCAUGAUUAUCCAUGGUCCCAGGAUCCGGAUCCGAAUGUUAAAGGUGGAGUCCUUACUCACCUAUCCCAUUUCAAGCCUCUCAAAGAGAAGCCCAAACCCGUUACUCUGGAGUUUGAGAAGCCUUUAGUUGAUCUCGAAAAGAAAAUCAUGGACGUUCGGAAGAUGGCAACUGAAACUGGGCUGGACUUCAGUGAUCAGAUUAUUAUGUUGGAGAACAAAUAUCAUCAGGCUUUGAAAGACUUGUAUACGCAUCUGACGCCCAUACAACGAGUCAAUAUUGCUCGACAUCCUAACAGGCCAACUUUUCUUGAUCAUGUGUUUAACAUAACUGAAAAGUUUGUGGAGCUUCAUGGAGACCGAGCAGGGUAUGAUGAUCCUGCAAUUGUUACUGGUAUAGGAACCAUAGACGGUAAACGCUACAUGUUUAUGGGUCAUCAAAAGGGUAGAAACACAAAGGAAAACAUUAUGCGUAACUUUGGGAUGCCUACUCCCCAUGGCUAUAGAAAAGCUCUACGCAUGAUGUAUUACGCAGAUCACCAUGGAUUUCCCAUUGUUACUUUUAUUGACACUCCUGGUGCAUUUGCAGACCUUAAAUCUGAGGAACUAGGCCAAGGUGAAGCCAUUGCUCACAAUUUGAGGACUAUGUUUGGUCUGAAAGUACCAAUUAUUUCUAUCGUCAUUGGAGAAGGUGGUUCUGGUGGUGCCCUUGCCAUUGGCUGUGCCAAUAAACUGUUAAUGCUUGAAAAUGCAGUUUUCUAUGUUGCCAGUCCAGAAGCAUGUGCAGCAAUCUUGUGGAAGACUGCCAAAGCUUCUCCAAAGGCUGCUGAGAAGUUGAAAAUUACUGCAUCAGAAUUGUGCAAGCUGCAAAUUGCAGAUGGGAUCAUUCCUGAGCCACUAGGUGGUGCACAUGCUGAUUCCAACUGGACCUCGCAACAGAUAAAAGCUGCAAUUAAUGAAACUAUGGAUGAGCUUACAAAAAUGAACACUCAAGAGCUAUUGAAACAUCGUAUGCUUAAGUUCCGAAAAAUUGGUGGCUUCCAAGAAGGAAUCCCAAUAGAUCCAAAGAGGAAAGUCAGCAUGAAAAAGAAGGAGGAACCAAUUCUUGGGAAGACUCUACAUGUGGAUUUGGAGGGUGAGGUUGAAAAAGUGAAACAACAAAUUUUGAGAGCUAAGGAAUCUUCUAGUGAACCCCCGUUGUUGCGUCUAAAUGAGACAAUAGAGAAACUGAAGAAGGAUGUUGAUCAGGAAUUUUCUGAGGCAGCUAAAGCCUUGGGUUUUGAGGACAAGUUUGCUGCUUUGCGUGGGGAGUUUCAGAAAGUAAAUUCACAAGACCAACUUGUGGAUCCAGCUUUCAAAAGUAAGCUUGAUAAGCUUAGGGAUGAGUUCAACCAGAACCUGCCAAAAUCUCCUAAUUAUGAAAGCCUGAAAAAUAAGCUUGACAUGUUGAAAGAAUUAUCGAAAGCAAAGAAUAUUGCAGAGAAGAACAGCAAGGCUGCCAUGAUGAAGCAGGAAGUCAAUGAAAGAUUUAAGGAGGUCGUGGAAAGACAAGAUAUGAAGGAAAAGUUUGGGGCACUGAAGACUGAAAUUCAAAAUUCUGGGGUAUCUAAAUUUGAGGAAUUGGACUCCAACUUGAAGGAGAAAAUUUUGAAGCUCAGAAAGGAGAUAGAGUUUGAGUUCGAAGAUGUUCUCAAAUCCUUGGGUUUGGCUCUUGAGGCUGUUAAAUCAAACUCAACUUAUUUAGAAGAACACAGUCCAUCCUCAGAAGUAAAAUCCAAGAUUGAAGAAUUGAAUGAAGAAAUUAAUCAUGGGAUUGAAAGUGUUAUCGGCUCAUCAGAUCUGAAGCACAAGAUAGAGCUAUUGAAGUUGGAGAUAGUGAAGGCAGGAAAGAAACCUAAUCUAGAAGCCAAAAAAAGAAUUGCAGCUUUGGAGCAACAAAUUAAGCUGAGCCUAACAGCAGCCUUGGAUUCUUCAGACCUAAAAGAGAAGCAUGAAAAGCUGAAGGCAGAAAUCUCUAAAAAUGUCGAAUCUUCUGGAGGACUGGAUGGGAGUCUGAAAAACAACAAUCCCGACGAUGCAAGACUGAAGAUGAAUGCUGGUGUAAAUCGCACCUUCGCUUAAUUGUAUUUCAUGUCCUAUCAGCAGUAGCUGUUUUGUUGGAGAUGAAGAUAGUUCAGAAGAGGUGGAAGGAAGUCAUUGAUAAAUGAGUUCAAAGUUUCCCAACAUUCAGAGAGAGUUCACCUCUCGGCUAAGCACCUUUAAGCAGCUUCUAUUGACAUUUGUAGACAUGAAGCACAAGUUUUUGAAUCUACAGAAAUAGGAAGAAAACCAAAUAAUUAUAACAGCAAAAACACUAAAAAAAUAAAAAAUUCUGCCUUGAACUCUUUUAAUUGGAAUUUGUUUUUCAUAAUAUUAGCAUGUAUGUGCCAUUUUUCUCUUCUUCUUUCAACCUCCCUUGUUUCUGAGAUGGUGUUGUUGUGUUUUGGGUUCAAUUAAUAGUACUAUGGUAGACACGGUACUGUUUCUGUUUUGGUUCAUAAACUUUGAAACACUCUUGUAUAGAUUGCCAAGAAAAUGGGUGAUAUUUGGGACAAACAACAUAUGUUUUGUUA